AUUAGUUUAAUGAUUUUAACCAGAUUUGACUCUUAGGGGGAAAAACUUUGAGCAAAUUCCCACAAACUUGAUCCACCAUUAAAAAAAUCAGCCUUCCUCCAUGAUCGUCAUAGUUUCCGAACUUAAUGGAUGAAUUUUGGGGAUUUUAAAGCAUCUCUUUAAGGGUUGAUCUGAAAACUACUUGGGUUUUUUAAUUGCUGCAAAGAAAAUCACUGGAAUGAAUAACUGACCAUUAUGAACUGAAUCUGACUCCUUCACAUCGACUUGGACUGAUUAUAUAUUGUCCCAUAUGAACUGGAUCUUUCUGCUUUUUGAGAAAACCGUUUUUUGUGAAUUGGUGUGUAAAUGAACUGAACUGCUUUCUGAAUCGAAUCAGAAAUAAAAGAACUACUUUGCUUAAUGCAGCUGCGCCUCUUAACAACACAAACAUUAUGAAUUAAUGAUCGACUCAAAGCCUUCCUCUGUCUGACUUCCGCUGUCAGAUCGUCACAGAUGUCAAAGCCCCCGCGCGCGCGCGCGCACGCCCAGGUGUCGCCUUCCGUCGCGGGACGCAGCUGCGCGCGGAGCGGCUGACGUCAGGAGCGGAGCGGCGCGAGAGGAGUUGAAAUAGGGCAGAGCAGAAAGCCGAGCUGGAGAGGAAACCAGCCGCGCAGAGCCGCAGGAUGGACCGCCGCUGAGGGUUGGGGACGCGCCGCCCGCCGCUGAAACAGCCGCCAGCGCGAAAUUAACCCAGUGGGACUACAGGCAGAACAGUUCGGACUCACCGCUGCGGGAAUCUGUUUCUUUCUGCGCGUUUCCUCGGAGGAUCUCAGAUAAAAUGGGCAUCCUGGGUGUUUGGGUUGUGGUGGUUCUGCUGGGAACGUUGGGAUGCUGGACAGCUGAAGGUCACAGGAGCAGCCGACGAGGCGGCACGGAUGCAGCCGCCAAGUCCCACACCUCCCACCAGGAGUCACACUCCAUGGAGAAGGAGAAAGCAGACGGGAGCAUCGAUCAGUCUCAUUCUGAUGCAGAGGAAGACCCGUGUCACAGGACCUACUGUGGAAGAGGCCGGCAGUGUGUGCUGAUGGCGGAAAGCGGGCGCGCCGAGUGCGUGUGCCAGGAAAAAUGUCGGCCCUCCUUUGUGCCUGUGUGCGGCUCGGACGGCAGGUUUUACGAGAACCACUGCGAGGUUUACCGCACCGCCUGCCUGGAGAGGCGGCGGAUCUACGUGGUGCACAGCAAAGACUGCUUCUUCAAAGGCAGCGCAUGCACCAUGUCAGAGUACAACAAGCUGAAGAGCACGCUCCUGGAGAUGCAACCGAAAGCGCUGGGGAGCGGCGAGCGGAGCCAGCAGCGUGACAUGGAGGAGAAGAGGGCGCUGGUGGACGCCAUGUUUAAAUACCUGGAUGGAAACGAAGACGGUCGGCUGAUCAGCGACGAACUGGAGAAGAUAUCGAUGAAGGAGCAGAUGGAGAGCAGCUUGUUGGAGUGCACCAUGCAGGACCUGCUGCGUUACGACGACUACAACAACGAUGGACAUCUGAGCCUUCAUGAGUUUUACACAGCUUUCCAAGUUGUGCAGCUGAGCCUGGCGGAGGAUCAGCGAAUCAGCACCUCGACCGUAACGGUGGGCCUCAGCGCCGUCCUCACCUGCGCCAUCCAGGGAACGCUGCGCCCGCCCAUCAUCUGGAAGAGGAACGGCAUCAUCCUGAACUUCCUGGACCUGGAGGACAUCAACGACUUUGGGGACGACGGCUCGCUGUACAUCACCAAGGUGACAACAAUACACAUGGGGAACUACAGCUGCCAUGCCUAUGGCUAUGAAGACCUCUAUCAGACUCAUGUGCUGCAGGUGAAUGUCCCUCCGGUGAUCCUGGUUUACCCGGAGACGCAGGCCCAGGAGCCCGGCGUGUCGGCCAGCCUGCACUGCCACGCCGACGGCAUCCCUGACCCCAAACUGCUCUGGCUGAAGAACGGCAUGGAUCUGCAGCUCAGCUCCUCCACUCAACUCUCCCUCAUAGCUAAUGCCAGCGAGCUGUUCAUCGGCAGCGUGCGUUACGAAGACACCGGCGCUUACACCUGCAUCGCCAAGAACGAGGUGGGAGUGGACGAGGACAUCUCCUCUCUGUUCGUGGAAGAUUCAGCCAAGAAAACACUUGCAAACAUCCUUUGGAGAGAAGAAGGGUUGAGUGUGGGAAACAUGUUUUACGUGUUUUCUGAUGAAGGCAUCACCGUCCUGCAGCCCAGCGAAUGUGAAAUACGGAGACACCUGAAGCGGACAGAGAGGAUUGUCGCGACCUACGAGGAGAUGUGUCCUAAAGGUGAGGGCGUGUCUCCGCAGCGCUGCGUUUGGUCUUCAGCCGUCAACGUCAGGGAGAAGUACGUCUACGUGACCCAGCCGCUCCAGAGCCGGCUGCUGGUCGUCGAUAUCCAGGCCCAGAAAGUGGUUCAGGCGGUGGCAACAGACCCGUUUCCUGUGAAGAUGCUCUACGAUAAGUCACAUGACCAGGUGUGGAUUAUUACCUGGGGCGACAUGGACAAAACUCACCCAACUCUCCAGGUAAUUCCUCAAGCCAGUGUGGGUGAAGUUCAUCACGCCAUCCGAACCACUUUCCAAAGGGUGACAGAUUUCUUCAUCCCGCCAACUAACCUCAUCAUAACUCACGUGAGGUUUGCAUUCGUCUUCCUGAAAAAUGAGCCGGCGGUCCACAAGAUUGACCUGGAGACCUUCCACCGCGUCAAGACCAUCAGCCUGAAGAACUACAGCUGCAUCCCGGCCAGCAUGGCCUACACACACCUGAGCGGCUUCUACUUCAUCCAGUGCCAGAGCAAGAGCCUUCUGGGCGCUCCGGCCCAGCUCCUCGUCGACAGCGUGACGGACACCGUCAUCGGCCCCAAUCACAACAUUACAGGCCAGGCUUACGUGUCGCCAGACGGUCGCUACGUCGUGACGCCGGACCCGAGGCGCUCCAAGCUGACGGUUCAGACGGUGUCCUUCCAGGGAGAGCUAACGCUAAACCAGGAACUGGACGAGUCCAUAAGCGUCUCCGAUAUGGUUUUCCAGCCUUCUUUCACGGAAUCGAACCAGCACAUGUUGGUGGCGGCGUCCGGGUCGGGCUCAGACCUGCUGUUUGCCGAUCUGUCAUCAGGACGCACGGAGGUUCUCCGGAGCCUCAAAGAGCCCCUGGCCGCCCAGGCCUGGCCGUGGGGGGGGGCCAACCGAGUGAUCGUCUCCAGCGGCUUGUUCGGACAGUAUCUGGUGACGCCGUCGGUCGAGUCGCUCUUCAUCCUGGACGGCAAACAGAGAACGCCACACUGCGAGGUUUCAGACAUCAAAAGAGCCAACACAGUGGUCUGGGUUGGAGAGGUAUGAGUAAAAAAGAAAAGCCGGAAAAACGGAGACUUAGAAUUAGAAGUAAAUAAGAAAUCAGGCCAAAUUACCUAUCAUUAAGAUUUACGUGAACCCAACCUGGGACUGAGAGGGGAAACACGCCUGAGAGACGUAUCAAAAUACACCUAAAAAUAGAGAAAAUACUAAGAAAAUCUGUUGUGAUAGUUCUAUUGGGAGAAAGUGUCAAUGCCGUUCAGUGCAACAGUGAUCUAUGUGCACUUAACUCUACAGAAUUGUACAUUAUUGCACUUCCUUCCAUGUUAUCACAGCAAAUAGGUACCUGAAGAGGCGAAAGUAACAACUAUGAACUAUGCACAAUGCUCACUUUUUUUUAAGAAUAAAAAGCUUUCCCAGUUUUGUUAAUCUCAUGUUUGUCGUUCUCACCAGUGCUGCAUAUAGUCACCAGUCUGUCUUGUCUGCCUCUAGUGUGUAGUGUUCUGAGUCCUUUUAAAAGCGAACAUGUUCACUCAUGGUAUUGUACUGUACUCUCUGAAAGCUUUCAUUCAUACUGGCAGAGGUUGGCUUCAUGCACUUAUCUAAUUCCCUCUAUUUCCAUUGCCUAUCCAAAGAGUCCAAUUGGUCCAUUAAGUAACUCUGGAUGCUUCAGUCGCAGAGGAAACAGAAAGUAUGUAGCGAUCUCCACAAUGGUUUAAUCUCCCCCAACUCGCUGUUAGCCAUGUUUACAGCACAGCGCCGCGCUGUGAAGCCUAAAAACACCACUAAGCCGAUCCAUCGAGGCAACGGCUCCGUUUUACUCUGAGGCCGAGGAAAAGCAGCAUCGUACAUCCAAUCUGAUGAGCAUUUGUGCAUCCAUUCAGAACAUCAACAGGCGUCCACGUUUUAAGAAGUUCUGGUUUAACCCUUUGAGCCCCAAGUUUAAAAACUUCACCUGGAUUAUUUUAACUGUACGAAGUGCUUUAAAUCUCCUGUGAGUAAAUGAUUCGCUCAUUUAUCCAUAACUGGAAAUUUCAACAUAAUAGUCAUUUUCAUAAUUUACCUUCUAUUAAGAGUGGCCCUCAGAUUAAUUUCACUUCCUGCUCUGGCAGGAAGUGACAUAACCUGACAUUGCCUGGAAAGCGCAACGUCUCAGAAACCGUUGGAAUUUUUUCAGAUGGCGCAAAGUGUCACUGAAUUACGAUACUGCAAAUUUGGCUGUCGACACAUUCGGCCUACAAGGAUUAAAUGAGAUGCCAGAAAAAAGCAUUUGGAGUUUUCUCUGCACACUGCCAGUCAGCUGGCUGAAACACAAAUAAUCUGCUGUUUGAGAAACUUAAAUGCUUGUUUUUGAAAUUAUACACAGCGUUUCUGUUAAACAACAGAAGCAGAAAGCUCAACUAUCCAAUAAUCAGCUUGGUUCUCAGGAAUUGCCGUCCUUCGUUCUUUCACACCCGACCGACUGAUUCUCAAAUCCGCUGGAUGGGAAACAUGGCUGCAGUUUGAGUUUAGAAAAUCUCUUGGAAAGGAGUUUAAAUCACAGCAGUGGUACUCCAGAAAUAUUUUGUGGCUGUAAAACGUUUUAAAAACAUAAGCAAGUUCAAGCAAGCUGUGUAACUGUUUAUUAAAAUAUAUUCUUUAUCUUUGCAAACCAUUAGCAAUAUGUAAUUUAUACAAAACCACUGAGAAUAUAAGCUAGCUGUAAGGUUAAUAAUCCCAUGGACCCGUUGCAUGCUGUUUUUUACAUUUUUCCAGCACAACGCUGGAGAGCAAAAAGACGAUUGUUUCCUUUUCCAUCCACGGCGGCGCUGGCAGAACCGUUAACUGGAUCUGGUUUUCAUUCAGUGCAGAGCGCCACAGCAAAGGGAAAAUAACACAGAAAAAGUCGUUGAACAAAAACUCAAAACCUCUUUUUUUUGCUCUGUCAACUACGUUACACACAGACUGGUUGUCAUAGCAACUGACAACAAUGCCACUUAAUGUAUCAGGAUUCAACACCAAAAAUCACUCCAACAUUUCCCACACAGAGCAGAACAUUCGGUCUGUUAUACUUUUAUGAGUUCAGGCUUAAUUUUGUGAUUAUUAAUAAGUGAUCGCUGUGGUACAUUAGCUACCGCUGCUAACUGCUAAGCUAACACAGCGGUGGUUGGUUAGCUAAUUUAAACACCUGCUGUACUGAUCAUCUGUUAUAAUUGGUGCUUAGGUCGCCUUUUCCUUUACUUUUUAAUUUAACUAAAACCCACUGAAUUCUGCAACAUGUUACGUUUGUCAUAGUCAAGCUAGCAUAACUGAUCUACUUCCCUCUCCCUAUUUUUUUUACAUUUAAACUUUUUUCUUACCUUAUCUAGUUGUAGUGAUGACAAUUAGCAGCAACGCUCUGUUUCUUUUUCUUUCAUAUAUAAAACGAACAUGUAAUGUUUAUCACGUUAUAUUGACAACUUGAUAUAACGUGAUAAAACCAAUGCUAGUCAUCGUUAGCAAGCAGCUUUUUGCCCUCCAGCAGGAAGCCGGGGGCCGGAUCUGGUGUGUGACGUUGCGCUGCAAUGGGUUCAUGGAUUCUUAGAGAAGUUACUAAAUGAACACCAGCAACUCUUUGUAUGAGAAUAGCACAUUUUCUCCAGCCGAACUGCAUCAUUCUUGGUGUAAUUGUGUUUCUGCAGUUGCACUAAUCAUCGCAAUGAUGAGCUAUUAGCAGCCAGACAUCUCUGCAGCUUCUGUGCUGCUGUAAUAAUGACUGGAACAAGAAAGCCUCACUAAGCACAUCUGCCUCUCAACAGCAGGGCUGCUCUGCACACCAAUGCUCAGCUUGGACGACUCGCUUAAUGGACUCACAUAUCGGACCACAACGGCUGAUGAGCAACUUUUGUUUCAAAUGAUGAGAUUAGUCAGAAAGCUGAUUCUAGGUCUAUUUGUAGAUGAUUAAGGAAAAUCAUAUAUUUAGAAUAACACAGCAGCAGUUAUCAAAAAGUCUGAAAACUUUAACUUAACUUUCCGUCUUCAGCAGCAGAAAGCAGGAAUCAAAACGAAGAGAUACACUGCAAAAACAAUCUUACCAAGUAUUUUUAGUGUUUUUUUCUAGUGCUUAUAAAAUGUUACUCUUGAAUUAAGACAAAACUUACAAGUAUAUUCAGCAAGAUAUAGAAGCUUGUUUUAAGUAAAUAUUUACUUAAUAUUUAUGAAAAAGUUCUUGUUCUACUGGCAGUUAAAUUUACUUAAAACAGCUUCUGUAUCUUGCUAAUAAGUUAUAUUUAAUUUAAUUUAGUCUAUAAAGCUAUUUAUGCUAGAAACUAGACUAAAAUACUUGGUAAUAUAGUACGUUUUUGCAGUAUAUUAAUUAUUCAUGCAGUUAUGCGCUGUAUGAACAAAGUCAACAAAAUGCUACAAAAUUUAAACCUCAAAUCUGAGAGCAAAACCUGAAAACUAUCUGGAUAAAUUAACGUUUUAUUCAUUUACAGUUUUAACGACGUUAUUCUGAGUGACUUGCUACAUUAAUAAUAAUAAACGUAAAUAAAAAAUUAAUCUGUUUAGGUCACAUGUGUGUCAUGACAGAAACUUUGCUUCUUUUGCUCAAAUGUAAUCAGUUUUUAAGCUAACCUCAUUAGCCGCGGUGCUUCAGUGGAUAAAUUCAAGAGAUCCAAAUCUUUACUUUUUAGUUUUAGUUAGUUGCUCUAAAUUCACACAAUGCCUUAAUCUACAUUAUGUAGCUAAGAUGUUGUUACUAUAAACGUUGAUCCUUUGGAUCAUGAAGGCAGCUCACUUAUUCAGCAUUUCUCAUCAGAAGAUUUGUGCGUUUUGCUAAAUAGUUAACUUGUGCAUUUAGUGUUUUGUCUGCAGCCACAACAAUUUAGUUUGAGGCAGAAUGGAGACAUUUUUAUCAACAAUUAUGAGUUUUUACAUGAGUUUCUAGAGGUUCAUGUGAUUUUUCUGUGAGUACAGAUUAAACAUUUCAUCAUUCUGCAUAUUUGCGACGUUACGACCACAAAUUUCAAAGUACGUAGAACAUCCUAAAGUAGGAUAAAAUGCAUUAAAUCCUCUUUUCUCUAAUCAAAAAAUUAAGUUAUAAAAUCCAAAACUACUAGAACAGGAUUCCACAUAUCUCACGUCUAGGGAAGAGACACAAAAAUAGCUAUUUUUCUGAGAAAUGGUAUAUUUUAAUUUAAGAAUUUUAUAUUUACAUCAAACUGAUAUCAGGUGGAAAAUCAAUUAGAUUAUCUGCCAGCUUAACAGACAUCCUGCUUACAGCUACAUUUUCCACAAAAUUCUAUUUAAACCUUUCCUAAGCUUUAUUUGAGCCAGCUGACCAGCAAAGCGCAGCAACAUGAGGGAGAAAACGGCAGUGAAUCCAUCGUUUUCUGGCAUGUCAUUAAAAUUACUUUAAAUUUAAAGGUGCAAUACACAAGCAUCUGGUGAUUUGGAAACUAACUGUUAAAAACCAGAAGAUGACAGAAAACAUGUAGAAAGUGUCAGAUCAGAUGAGAUUAAAAUUAAACUUUUAGCCGUUCAUGAAUGUGUGGCAGAAAAAGAUAUCAGAUUGUGGUGAAUAUUUGCCUUCCAGCACUAACAGACAGAGCUGCAAUACAUAGAUUUCAUUCAAAGGAUAUACAAAAUCUCAACAAAAAAAUGGCUUGAGAAUCCAAUCUGAGCCUGAACCAUUUCACAAAGAGCAAAUAUUAGUUUUAAUUGUUCAAAGUUGGCAGAAAUGUCCCAAACAAAACAUCCUCUUUUCUUUCACUUCACAAAUCUACAUCAUAUUCAAACAAAAUAUCAAUAAAUCUAAAUAAAAAGCACUGAGGUUUGUGGUUGUAACACGCUAAAAUGAAGAAAAACAGAAAUUUAACUCUGCAGAUCACAAGUACUCACAGCCAUUUAAAUGAAAUGUUGCCGGCUUUUAUUUUGGCAGGUCAAACAUCUUAAAAAUGAAAUCCACAAACUAAGAUGUCAAAGUGUGGUGUUAGCAUGUAGCAACCCCAGUUUAGUUUAAUUAUUUGUCUGAAGAUAUUUGCUGCUAAUGCAACAUUUAAAACUAAAGACAAUUUUGAGAAUAUCAACAGCGAUUUGUUGAUGUUUCUUAGACCACUGUUGCACUGAGAAGACAAACGUGUCUGAAUACGUUAUGCUGUCGUUUUAUUUUUUUAAAUAAAUGUUGAACUUGUUUUUGGCUCUGCUGUCUGAAGUUCCAACUACAUAAUGAUCCAAAUUCACUCCCAUCUAAAUCUGAAUCCUGCAUGUAACCAAACAACUCUGCAACAUGACCUCUGACCUCGCACUGAUCGCCCAAAAGCUGCUUGUAAAAGUCACUUUUCAGUAAGACACACCACUGCUGAGCCAAGGAGCGAGAGCAAACCGAUGAUUCUGGCUGCUGCUGUCGUUCUGUGGAUCAGCGUUCCUGUUUUAGGCCGAAGAGCAGCGGCGUAGAGCCGCGCUGCUCAGUGUGAUAGAACCACUGCUGUAGAUAACAUUGUUCCAGAUAGGACACCUUCUGACAUGACAUGAACCUGUACAGUUUUCUUUAUGCAUUUUGUGUGUUCUGGUUUAUGAGGGAAUUGUUUUGUAAGAAAAAAAUGGAAAUAAAUAUAUUGUUAAAAUCA